AGGUAAACCCGAAACCGAAGAGAGAGAAAUAGACAAAGUCAUGUACCACGACUGGCGCAUGGUGCCAAAACACGAGGAGGAAGCCUUUAAGCAAUUUACCCCUCCUGAGGAAGAGGAAAAAAUCCGGUAUGUCCUCUAUCCACCCCUGCUGCGGGCCAUGAUCCUUGCGCAGAGGCAGAAAGAAGGUAAAAUGACUCAAGAGGAACCUAUGCUUGAUUUGGAGCCAACGGUUCACCUCCUAAAUACGUCCCCCAGAAACCAAGCUGAAGGAACUCCAGUCUGAAGACUUUUAUGACUUUGAUGUAAUAUUUGGUUUGUUAUAUUCUCAGGUGCAAUCAAUCACACAGCCCAGAGCUCUUAUUCUGCCUUGCACUGAGAUGUUUCUGUGAAAUAUGAUCUUGUCACUGAGGGUGUUCCCCCUCCCCCCCAACAGCAAUAAGUAAAAUGAUAAGGUAAUUUUGCAAUCAGAAUCUUCUGUUGACAUUUUCCCCGUUAUCCUGUCUUGUUUUUUAGAUUUGUUUUUAUUUCCCGUUGCCGUGUUUUUUCUUGUUGCUUCCUUAUCAAGUCCAAGGAAAGGACAUCAAUCUAUUUGUUUUAAUAGUGAGGCAAUAUAAAUGAAAGAGACUCCUAAUUAAAAUAAUCGAUUGGAACAAGAGAUCUCUGUCCUAGCCCUGCAGUUUCUUCCUCCCCUAAAUCCAGUCACAAUCUUAAAAUGGGCUGUUGGGUUACUGUAUGCUAAUUAAAAAAAAUAGGCUCAGUCUGUUCUUUAAGAAAUGGCAUUAUUGUUUCCUGUCUUUUCAAAUGUGGUGGAGAAAUGAAACAGGCUUGUUAUGAGGAAAACACGAGGAGGAAGGAGUAUUAGGUAUGUUCGCCGCCUUGAGUUAUUUGUAAAAAUAAUAAAA